AUGUUCGGUAACGGCCGUGCCCGUAGCGGUAUCAUUGUGCUUCCUUGCGGUGCUGGCAAGACGCUCGUCGGCAUCACGGCUGCCUGCACCAUCAAGAAGAGCUGCCUGGUGCUGUGUACCAGCAGUGUAAGCGUCAUGCAGUGGCGGCAGCAGUUCCUGCAGUGGAGCAACAUCCAAGACAACCAGAUCAGCGUGUUCACCGCAGACCAGAAGGAAAAGUUCUCGGGCGCAUCCGGAAUCGUCGUGUCUACCUACUCGAUGGUGGCCAACACUGGCAAGCGGUCGCACACGUCACAAAAGAUGAUGAACUUCCUCGAGAGUCGCGAGUGGGGCUUCAUUUUGCUGGACGAGGUGCACGUCGUGCCGGCGAGCAUGUUCCGACGUGUCUUGACCAAAAUCAAGGCGCACUCUAAGUUGGGCUUGACGGCGACGCUGGUGCGUGAGGACGAAAAGAUCGACGAGCUCAACUUUCUCGUGGGGCCCAAGCUGUACGAGGCCAAUUGGAUGGAUCUCGCUGCCAAAGGUCACAUUGCUACGGUGCAGUGUGCCGAGGUGUGGUGUCCCAUGACGCCCGAGUUCUACCGCGAGUAUCUGUGCGAGAAGAGCCGCAAAAAGAUGCUGCUCUACUGCAUGAAUCCGAACAAGUUUCAGGCGUGUCAGUUCCUCAUCGACUAUCACGAGAACCGGGGCGACAAGAUCAUCGUGUUCUCCGACAACGUGUACGCGCUCGAAGCGUACGCAUUCAAGCUCAAGAAGCCCUUUAUUCACGGCGGCACGGCGCACGUGGAGCGCAUGCGCAUCUUGCAGAACUUUCAGCACAAUUCGAUGGUCAACACCAUCUUCCUCUCCAAGGUAGGCGACACUUCAAUCGACCUACCCGAGGCGACGUGCCUGAUCCAGAUCUCGUCGCACUUCGGCUCGCGAAGGCAAGAGGCGCAGCGACUGGGACGUAUCUUGCGAGCCAAGCGCAGGAACGACGAAGGGUUCAACGCGUUCUUCUACAGCUUGGUCAGCAAGGAUACUGCCGAGAUGUUUUACUCGACCAAGAGGCAGCAGUUCCUCAUCGACCAGGGAUACGCGUUUAGGGUGAUUACGCAUCUGGUUGGAAUGCAGGACAUGCCAGGGCUGGUGUAUAAGAGCCAGGCGGAGCAGAUCGAGCUGCUGCAGAGCGUGCUCAUCGCCAACGAGUCGGACGCCGACCUGGGCUCGGAUCUCGGAGGAGGUUGGGGAGGAGGUGGUGGCGGUGGUGGUGGCGGUGGCGGUGGAGCGGGAGGCUCAGGGUCGGGCUUGAACGGCAGCUCUGUGGCCAAGGCAUCGAGGACGACAGGCUCUCUCAAUUCGCUGAGUGGUGCGCAGCACAUGUCGUACAUCGAACGCAAUCGUUCGGUCAACAAGUCACUCAACAAGGAUCAAGGACGUCACAAGCUGUUCCAGAAACGUGCCGACAAAGCAAAACGCAAAAACAUGGACGACUGA